UGUGUUUGUUGCGGUUCCUGCACAAUGCUGGGUCCAAAUCUGAUACACAAUCAUAGUAUUGCAGUUUCAGUUAUCUAGAGCAUGUCUUUAGAUAAUCAUCAUUUUUUUCUACGACGACGCUUGUACGAUACUUUCCAUGAGCCGUUCAAGCGCGCAGUUCCUAACCCUGCUGCGCCCGUUGCUGAAAAUCCUAUCGCGUCUGUAAGUGAAAGAAACGAGGAAGUUAAGGAGAAUCAAGAGACGAGCAGAGAGCAUACGAAAGAAGAAGAGAUCAGCGUAAGAUCUGCCCUGAAGGCAGCAUUUUCCAAGUACUCCGGCACCAGGGGAAGCAAGAGGAAGGCCGCGGUGCAGGCGGAAACGGAGGAGGAUGCAGCCGACACCCGACGAGCCAACGACGGUGAAGAAGUUAGGGCUGUAAACGAGUCGAGCUCUUAGAUCUCGAGAUGUUGAUGAUACUCAGCUCAGUAGCUGGUGAGCUCAUUAAGUGAGUUAACUAGAAAAAAAUGUAUCCAAAUAUCUGACAGAAUAAAUGUAUAUACUGCCAUUAAAUGUGUGAUCA